ACAGGUAUUCUCGACGCUGAGAUUCACCUAGCUGCUAAGGCCAAGGCUAUAAUUUUCCUUCGUCAUUAUCUAGAUGAAGGACUGAAGGUUGAAUACCUUACAGUGAAAGAUCCACUUGAAUUGUGGAGUGACUUGAAGAAAAUGUAUGACUACCUAAAGGCCACGGUACUGCCUGGAUCUCGUUAUGAGUGGAUACACUUACGGUUUCAAGACUUUAAAACCGUUAUUGAAUAUAAUUCUUCUGUAUUCAGGAUUAUUUUUCAAUUGAAAUUAUGUGGGAAAACUAUAAAUGAUGAGGACAUGAUGAAAAAAAUACUUACUACUUUUCAUCAAUACCGUGAAAAGGGCUUUCAGAAGUAUUCAGAAUUUAUCUUAUGCCUUCUAGUGGCUGAGCAACACAAUGCCCUUUUGAUGAAAAAUCAUGAAGCUCGUCCCACUGGAGUUGCUCCACUACCAAAAGCAAAUGGGGUACAAGUACAUGGCCAGCCUGAAAGACGGCAAGAUUGGGAUCAUAAUAAUAUGCGUGGAUGUGGCAAUGACAGGGGAGGAUAUAAUAAUCAUCGUGGUGAUGGUAACCAAAAAAGGGAGAACCAAAUGAGUCCUCAAAGUAAUACUUCAAGAGUUAAUUGUCAUCGUUGUGGUAUGAAAGGCCACUGGAAGAAUGAAUGUCGGACGCCUAAACAUUUUGCUAGACUUUAUCAAGAAUCUUCAAAAGAAAGAGAAAUGAAGGUGUGA